CCCGGAAAGCAGCCGGACGCCAUGUUUCAAGGGCAGCGGGGUUGGUUCUGCAGCAGCGUCGGCCAAGAACUGAGGCAGUUCUGGGUGGCCGAAGGGGGCUCCAUCAGUGACCCAAGGGCCGCCGACUUCUUGUUCAGCUGUGAUGCCUCCCACCCAGACACGCUGAGAAUAUAUCAGAGCCUUGAUUACAUAGAAGAUAAUGCUACAGUUUUUCAUGCCUACUAUCUCUCUGCAGUAGCUAAUGCUGAAUUAAAAAACUCGGUGGCUUUAGGCCAUUUCAUUCUGCCUCCUGCAUGCCUGCAAAAAGAAAUAAGAAGAAAACUUGGUAAUUUUAUUUGGGAACAAGAUGAACAUUUUCUGAUAGAAAAGCAAGAUGAAGUAACACCAAAGGAAAUAAAGGCCCAUAAGGAAAGCAACGAACUAGCAACAGAUCACAAAAAAGAACUAUCCAAAAGCAGAGAAAAGCAUUCUAUAAGGACUCCAGUUAUGGAAAAACAGAUGUACUUCCCUCUUCAGAAUUAUCCAGUGAACAACAUGGUAACAGGUUAUAUAUCAAUUGAUGCCAUGAAGAAAUUCCUUGGGGAGCUACAUGACUUUAUUCCUGGAAGCUCAGGAUAUUUGGCAUACCAUGUUCAAAAUGAAAUUAACAUGUCAGCUAUAAAAAGCAAAUUGAAGAGAAAAUAUUAAACUAAAUUAUACUUA